AUGUUUGAAUUUGACUUGAAUGCAAAUAAUAUUAAUUUUUCUGCCACAAACAAUAAUUUGCUUGUCUCUGGAUUAAGUGCUGAUUAUAAUGAUUUAUCAAUUGUACGUCAAAUACCAGAUACGCGUGAUUUCAGAUGCCCCAAAAUAUUUCCGAAUCUAGAAGAAUUUAAAGCCAAAGUAUCAAUUAUAAUAACUUACCACAAUGAGACUCAGGCAAUAUUAUAUAGGACGAUUAAUUCCAUAUUCAAAAGGACGCCUUUGAAAUAUCUAGAGGAAAUAAUCAUAAUUGAUGAUUGCAGUGAGGAUGAUUUAAUUCUACAAAACAUACAGAAACAUUUCAAAUACAUUGAUCUAAUAAAAUGUCUGCGCAACUCGAAACGUUUGGGUUUAAUAAAAUCCCGUAAUUUGGGUGCCCAAAUGUCUUCUGGUGAUUAUCUGAUGUUUAUGGACAGUCAUUGUGAGGUGAAUGCACAAUGGUUGGAAACACUUUUGGCCAUCAUAGUGGAGUCCAAUAAUACCCGAAUGGCGGUAAGUCCUGUUUUAGACAAUAUCGAUGUGGUAACAAAUGAAUACAAGGCAACCUCAGCAUUUAUUAAGGGUGGCUUUGAUUGGAAUUUACAUUUUCAUUGGAUUGCCAGAGAUGAAACCCUAAAUCCAAUUGUUCCAUUUAGAUCUCCUACCUUUGCCGGUGGCGUAUUUUUGAUUUCACGAAAUUGGUUUUUUAAAUUGAAAGCUUUUAACACUCGUCUAGAGAUCUGGGGUGGUGAAUCAUUGGAAUUUUCAUUAAAAUUGUGGUUAUGUGGUGGCGACAGAGGCGAAAUAAAAAUUGUACCCUGCAGUAGAGUGGGUCAUAUAUUUCGCAAAGAGCAUAUAUUUAAAUUUCCCAACAAUGAUGGCCAGCAAACAUAUUUAAGAAAUUCUAAAAUUAUAGCCGAAACCUGGCUGGAACACUACAAAUAUAUUUUCUACAAUCUCAAGCCAGAAGCUAGAAAUAUUGCUAUUAAUGACACUCGAGUGUUAGACAAACAAUUUAAGGAUGCCCUAAAUUGCCAGCCAUUUGAGUGGUAUUUACAAAAUAUAUUUCCUGAAUUAAGACCCUUUGAAAACUAUACCGCCAGUGGCAUAAUAACAUCUUCUGCCUUUGUGUCCGAUAAUCUUUGUCUUCAUCAUGAUUUAUUUGAUGACUACAACUCAACUCCCCUCAUGUGCAACUGUUUGACAGCCAAUAUCACACAUUGGUUUUUGCUAAGGAUCACACAGCAAUUACAAUCUCAGAGAGGUUUUUGUUUAAAUGUAAUUCAACCAGAAGAUCGAGCUGAGAAAGCUUCGCAGUUAAAAGUUGUUAUGGAGCCUUGCUGGUGGCCAGCCAAACAAAGUUGGCAUCGCUUUGGUCAACAGUUGAGACAUUCAAUAACGGGUCUGUGUUUGGAAAUAACAGUGGACUAUAAUAUUACGGUUAAUCCUUGUAGGAGAGAAGCUGCUAUGCAGUAUUUUAUAUUUGAAAAAGAAUUGGAACGACCUUAA